UCCCUCCAAAUAAAGAACCUUUUUUUGUGUUUGACGGACCCCCCCUCUCUACCGAAGCAAAAUCCCUUAUUUUUCUUUGAAACUGCCACACAAACUCAUCUUCUUCUCGUGGGUUUACUCAGCUGUAAAUGUUGAAUGCUUCACUGUUAAGCAAAAAUGUCAAUCUGAGUCAGACUCUAAUCGCAUUGCUUGACAAAUGCAAGUCAAUCUCUCACCUCAAGCAAAUUCAUGCUCUGGUGAUCGCCUUUGGCCUCACCCAAGACGACCCAUUUGCUUCAAGAAUUCUGUCUUUCGCUGCGACCUUUGAUUCUGCUGACAUUGCCUACUCUCAUCGGAUUUUUCGACAUCUCCACAAUCCAACAAUCUUCAACUGGAAUACAAUCAUAAGGGGUUACUCAAAAACCAAAAAACCAAUCAAAUCGAUAUCAAUUUUCGUCGAAAUGUUGCGAAUUGGGAUCUCACCGGACUAUCUCACAUACCCAUUUCUUGCUAAGGCAUCUGCGCGACUGUCGGAUCUUAAUCUUGGAGUGGCUAUCCAUGGCCGCAUUGCGAAAACUGGUUUGGAAUCUGAUAGGUUUGUUCAGAAUUCUUUGAUUCAUAUGUAUGCUUCGGGUGGGAAUAUAGUGUGUGCACGCAAAGUGUUUGAUGAAAUGCCCAAUAAGAAUUUGGUUUCUUGGAAUGCAAUGUUGGAUGGGUAUGCAAAGUGUGGGGAUAUAAGUUUGGCCUGGGAAGUGUUUGAAUUAAUGCCGGAGAGAGAUGUGGUGUCAUGGAGCUCUUUGAUUGACGGGUAUGUCAAGGACGGGCAAUAUGGUGAGGCAUUGGCAAUUUUCGAAAGAAUGCGAGUCGUCGGGCCCAAGGCCAAUGAGGUGACCAUGGUAAGUGUUUUGUGUGCUUGUGCACAUUUAGGUGCUCUUGAGCAUGGGAGGACGAUGCAUCGUUACAUGAUCAACAAUGCCUUGUCAUUAACUCUUGUGUUGCGUACCUCACUUGUGGACAUGUACGCCAAAUCCGGAGCAAUAGAGGAGGCUCUAGUUGUUUUUCGUGGGGUUUCCAUGGAUCAAACUGAUGUGUUAAUUUGGAAUGCAAUGAUUGGAGGACUUGCCACUCACGGGUUUGUGUUUGAAUCACUUGAUAUGUUUACAGAAAUGCAGAUUGUGGGGAUCACUCCUGACGAAAUCACGUACUUGUGCUUGUUAAGUGCUUGUGCUCAUGGAGGGUUAGUGAAGGAAGCUUGGUUUUUCUUCGAGUCUCUUAAUAAGCAUGGCAUGACACCUAAAAGCGAGCAUUACGCUUGUAUGGUGGAUGUUCUAGCUCGUGCAGGUCAAUUAACCGAGGCAUACCAAUUCUUGAGUCAAAUACCAAUGAAACCAACAGCUUCAAUGUUAGGUGCAUUGUUUAACGGGUGUAUGAGCCAUAGAAAAUUAGACCUCGCGGAAAUAGUGGGGAGGAAGCUCAUUGAGUUGGAGCCGCAACACGAUGGUAGAUAUAUCGGUUUAUCAAAUGCUUAUGCGGUGAUCAUGUGUUGGGACGAAGCAAGAAUGAUGAGAGAAGACAUGGAAAGGAGAGGGGUGAAGAAGUCCCCUGGUUUUAGCUUUGUUGAGAUCAACUGGCACACCGGUCAGCUCAAGCCGUAUACCGUCGUCUGGGUCAAAUCGAAAUCCAAAUCAUUCACUGGAGCUGCAGCAGAGGCCGAACAGAGGCGGUGCUGUGACGGAGGAGGUAAUGAGUGAUGUCAAAAUCUGCGGCGGAGGACAAGCAGUGUGCUGCAACCACUUUUUCAGCGGAUGUGGGAGUGAGGUGGCGGCGUUGGGGAGUCAUAGAGGAAGCCAUGGCGGCAGAGGCGGUGGUGGUGGAGGAUCGGCGGAUC